AUAAGAGCCAAGCCUUUUCCCUUCGUGUAUCUCCGACAUGGAUGCUUUUCAGGGGAUUUUAAAAUUCAUCCUCAACCAGAAAACUGUUAUUGGCUACAGCUUUUUGGCUCUGCUGACUGUGGGCGGUGAGCGUCUCUUUUCACUCGUGGCUUUUAAGUGUCCCUGCAGCACUCAGAAUGUGGUCUACGGAUUGGUUUUCCUUUUUGCUCCUGCCUGGGUGUUACUGAUCCUGGGAUUCUUUCUGAACAACAGGUCGUGGAGACUCUUCACAGGCUGCUGUGUGAAUCCCAGGAAAAUCUUCCCCAGAGGUCACAGCUGCCGCUUCUUCUCUGUCCUCGGCCAGAUCACUCUGAGCUCAUUGGUGGCUCCUGUGAUGUGGCUUUCUGUGGCUCUGCUCAAUGGGACGUUCUAUGAAUGUGCUAUGAGCGGGACCAAAAGUUCAAGCCUCCUGGAGCUGAUCUGCAAGGGCAAGCCCAAAGAGUGCUGGGAAGAACUUCACAAAGUAUCUUGUGGCAAAACCAGCAUGACCCCCACAGAAAACGAAGAGCUGAAACUGUCCCUGCAAGCCCAGUCUCAGAUUCUAGGAUGGUUCCUGAUUUGUUCGGCAUCUUUCUUCUCUCUGGUCACCACUUGUUAUGCUCGCUGCCGAUCUAAAGUUAGCUACCUUCAGCUGAAUUUUUGGAAGAUGUAUGCACAAAAGGAGAAGGAGCAGUUGGAAAAUACAUUCCUGGACUAUGCCAAAAAGCUGAGUGAGAGAAACCUAAAAUGCUUCUUCGAAAACAAGAGGCCAGAGGUCUUCCCCAUGCCCACCUUUGAGGCCUGGGAGGCUGCUUCAGAACUGCAUUCCUUCCACCCAAACCGGCAGCACUACACUACCCUCCACAGGGUGGUGGAAGAUGGUGUGCAGCCUCACCCUGAGGAUGAUGAGACGACAAUGGUGCUUGUGGAUUCUGCCCCAAACUUGCAGCUCCCCCACCAUCGCUGACUCUUGGUGUCCAGGCAUCUUCCUACUGAGUCAACAGCUACACAAAUAUCUCUGCGUUUUCUCACAUUUGGUGUUUCUUUAUAAGACAGUAACACAAAGGGAAGCAGCUUUGACGCUCCCAACUGCAGACGGUGGCGUGUGCUCAAACCGCUGCUGAGUGACUGGCCAAGGAUGGUGACAAAGGUGCUCUUGCAUUGGUUGGGGGUUGGGCUCAGGGGCUUCAAGUUACAAUUGACAGUAGGUCUGCCACUCUAUGUAAUUAUGGUCAUGGCAUCCGGGGGUAGCAGUGGUGACUUGUGAGUGAGCGUGGUACUCUUAACAAACUUCUGUAUAGUGGGAUCUGCGGUGUAGUCGGUAGAAAUCUUCAUUCAGUAAAUCUGUCCUACUGCCUUUCAAGGAUGUAUGAAAUUCUAUCACUUGAAAUUCAUUUCUUUGGAAUCUGAAGACACCAGUUCUCAAAAUAACACAUUGAAAGAACACGAUGCCUAAAAUUCAGAGCUUUUCGCAUGUUUCCACUAUGCACUGAAAGUAGACCCCUACAGUCAGGAGUGUAUUAUGACUUUUGUGGAUUCUAGGCGCUUUUGCCUCAUGGACCCAUUUCCAUAUUAAAAAAUACACACGUACACACACACACACAAGUGCACACACACAUAUAUUUAGGACUGUAUUAAUAUAAAUACAUAUUAAUAUUACAUGUUAAAACUUUUCUUCAACCUUAAAGUUCAUUUAUUUCCUUGUGACUGUAUAAGAAACUUAAAACACUUUUGUGGGCCCCUACAGAAUGCAAAUUUUCCAUUCUGUUG